AGCGAAGGAGAAAUUGCUUUGGAAUGUGAAAAAGGAGGUGAAACAAAUCAUGGAAGAAGCCGUCACCCGGAAGUUUGUGCAUGAAGACAGCAGCCACGUCAUUGCGUUGUGCGGGGUGGUGGAGGUAUGCCUUCUACACAUGCUCAAGCGACGGGCAGCCGGCUUCCUGCGGACUGACAAGAUUGCUGCCCUCUUCACCAAGGUUGGCAAGACGUACGAUGUGGCCAGCGACGUAUGCAGGAAAGCACAGGACUUGCUGCAGCAGGUAGAAGGCAGGAAAUGUCAGCCAGCUGGCCAAGAAUCCCUUAAGAGGCAGAGCUCCACCACAAGCAAAGCCCCUGCCUUGACCCCACAAGCCAUCAAGCACAUUUGGGUGCGCACCGCUUUGAUCGAAAGAGUGCUUGACAAAAUCGUGCAGUACGUCGUAGACAAUUGCAGCAAAUAUUAUGAGAAAGAAGCUCUACUGGCAGACCCGGUCUGUGGGCCCAUCCUGGCAUGCCUCCUGGUUGGACCCUGUGCCCUCGAAUACACGAAGCUGAAAACAGCUGACCACUUCUGGACAGAUCCCUCGGCUGACGAGUUGGUCCAGAGGCAUCGGAUUCAUGGAGCCCACGGGCGCCAGGACUCUCCAUCCAAACGGCCAGCGCUAGGAAUACGGAAACAGCACUCAAGCGGAAGCACAUCAGAGGACCGCUUUGCUGCUUCGGCCAGAGAUUACGUGGAGUCGCUGCACCAGAAUUCAAGGACGCAUUUGCUCUAUGGGAAGAACAAUGUCCUGGUUCAGCCGAAAGACGACAUGGAGGCCAUCCCAGGCUACCUCUCUCUUCACCAGUCUGCUGAUUCUUUGACUCUCAAAUGGACACCGAAUCAGCUCAUGAAUGGGGCUCUGGGGGACUCGGAGCUCGAGAAAAGCAUCUACUGGGGCUACGCCUUGAUUGUGCCCUUCAGUCAAAUCGUUUGCAUCCACUGUCAUCAACAGCCAGAACGAGGGGGGACCUUGGUGCUGGUGAGCCAGGACGGAAUCCAAAGGCCUCCACUUCAUUUCCCACCUGGGGGACACCUCCUCGCCUUCCUUUCUUGCCUCGAAAAUGGCCUCCUGCCCCGUGGGCAACUGGAACCUCCCUUGUGGUCCCAACAGGGGAAGGGCAAAGUAUUUCCAAAACUUCGGAAACGGAACAGCUACAACAGGUCUGUGGAAGUGGACGAAAUGCCCAUUGCCAUGGAGACCGCUACUGAUUACGUCUUCAGGAUUAUUUACCCAGGCCAUAGGCACGAGAACAUAACUAUUAACUACCACCACUUAGCUGCCAGCCGCUCUGCCUCCGUCGACGAUGACGAGGAGGAAGAAGAUAAGCUGCACGCAAUGCUAUCCAUGAUCUGCAAUCGGAACCUCACAGACCCUAAAAGGAUGAAAGAUAUCGGCGAGAUGAUGGAGAUCCAGGGCUUUGGUGUCGGCUUAUUGUCGUGGCAGCUGGACCCCUGCAGCCAAGGUUCCUCCUGCCUCUCGUGCUCCACGGGCAGCUCUCCUUACGACCUCCCCAGCUGCUGCAGCUGCAUUCAUGACAGGACCCCUCUGAAAAUGUUGUGUGAAAGUAUGAAGAGACAGAUUGUUUCCAGAGCUUUCUAUGGAUGGCUUGCCUACUGCCGUCACUUGUCCACAGUCCGGACUCACUUAUCGGCUCUGGUGAAUCACACGAUCAUCCCACCAGACAAACCCACGGGUGCUGUGGGAGGCCUGUCGAAAGAGGUCUGGAGCAAAUAUCAGAAAGACAAGAAGAAUUACAAGGAGUUGGAGCUCCUCAGACGGGUUUACUAUGGUGGGGUGCAGCACGAAAUCCGAAAGGAGGUGUGGCCGUUCUUGCUGGGACACUACAAGUUUGGCAUGAACAAGAAGGAGAUGGACCGGGUGGAUGAGAAAAUCGCACUCCAAUAUCAGAAGGUUAUGGCUGAGUGGAAAGCCUGCGAGGUGAUUGUGAAACUCCGGGAGAAAGAGUCUCAAACGGUCACCAAGUUUUCCUCCGGCAGCAGCAUAGACAGCCACGUGCAGCGGUUGAUCCACAGGGACUCCACCAUCAGCAAUGACGUGUUUAUAUCCGUAGAUGAAAUGGACUCCGUAGGACGAGACCUGAAGGCCCGGGAGGACCCGUCUCUGGCUGGGGUUUGCACCGAUGCACCAACUGUGGUGGUGGCAGUAGAGCAGCAGUCGGUGGAAUUCGACUCCCCUGAUUCCGGGCUCCCUUCUUCCCGGAACUAUUCUGUCACGUCGGGCAUCCUCUCCAGCAUCGAUGAUGGGCAGAGCGUCUGCUUUGAGGAUGGGACUGAGGAGGAAGCUGGCACUGACCCGCCGAGGCCUGAUCUAGACCAUGCUCCCCAAGCUGAGGGCUCGGAACCGCAGGGAUCCGGAACAGAGCAACCGCCAUGUUCUCAGAUGGACUAUAAAGCAUCUACAGAGGAAAGCAUUUCCGUGUGUUCUGCGGCUUACACGAUAGAAAUGUUGGACACCGUUGCCUUAAACUUGCAUAGAAUUGAUAAAGACGUGCAGAGGUGUGAUCGGAAUUACUGGUAUUUCACAGCCGAGAACCUGGAGAAGCUGAGAAAUAUUAUGUGCAGUUACGUUUGGGAACAUCUAGAUGUUGGCUACGUCCAAGGAAUGUGUGACCUUCUAGCGCCACUCAUGGUUAUCCUCGAUAAGGAUGAGCUGGCUUACAGCUGCUUCACCCACCUAAUGAAGAGAAUGAGCCAAAAUUUCCCCAACGGAGGUGCCAUGGACAUACAUUUUGCAAACAUGAGGUCCCUUAUCCAGAUUCUGGAUUCUGAGCUCUUUGAACUGAUGCACCAGAAUGGAGAUUACACCCACUUCUACUUCUGUUACCGCUGGUUCCUGCUGGAUUUUAAAAGAGAAUUGUUGUACGAGGAUGUAUUUACAGUGUGGGAAGUUAUUUGGGCAGCAAAGCACAUCUCUUCAGAACAUUUUGUCCUUUUCAUUGCCUUAGCACUAGUGGAGGCCUACCGAGAGAUUAUCCGUGAUAACAACAUGGACUUCACCGAUAUCAUCAAAUUUUUUAAUGAGAUGGCUGAGCAUCACAAUGCCCAGGAGAUCCUGAAGAUAGCAAGAGAUUUGGUCUGUAAAGUCCAAACGCUGAUCGAGAAUAAGUGA